AUGUCGCGGUCAGGAGCAAGACAAGAGAGUGAUCCGCGGGAGAUCUCGGUGUCUUUUGACGGACUUGCAAGGGUAGAUGGUUCCGCGAGGUUCUCUUUCGGCGAUACCACUGCGCUCGCGUCUGUCUCGGGGCCUAUUGAGGUCAGGCUAGCAGCAGAGCAGCCAGCACGCGCAACAUUUGAAGUCAACAUGCGACCGAUCUCCAAUGUACCAGCGACAGAAGCCAAAUCCAUAGCCGCCUCCGUCCGCGCGGCCCUCUCCCCCUCCAUCUUCCUCCAGCAGUACCCUCGCACAUUGAUACAACUCAUGCUCCAGGCCCUCAGCCCAGCACGGGCAAAAAGUGACGACAGCCUCCUUGCCGCUAUGAUCAACGCCGGCUCCCUCGCCCUUUUAAACGCCGGCUCAGCCGCGAUGCGGGGUGUCGUCUGCGCCGUACCGGUCGCGCGCAUCCCCAGCGGUGACUCGACCAUUCUCGUCGUCGAUCCCGACACAGACGAGCUCUCCCGCGCCCGUGGCACCGGCUGCUUCGCCUUCCUCUUCUCCGCCGCCACUACCGACUGCGUCUGGAUGCACUGGCGCAACGCGUCCGGCGCCUCCCUCGAAAACGAUAUCCCUUCCAUCCGCGAGUUCGCCAGGAACUCCGCGCACAUCAUCCUCGCCGCAAUAAAAGUCUGCUGCCGCAAUAUGGGCUCCCGCGCGCUUAUGAAGCCGCUCUCCGGCGUCAAGUCGGGCGGCGACGUCGCGAUGGGGUCCGGCAGCGACACGUCGGAUUCGGACGACGAGAUGGGCGCCUGA